AUGCGAAUACUGCUCCUACUCCUGAUACAAGCUGCCGUGGCAGCAGCAGCCCCUGGUCAAUUCCAGCACUGGUACAAACAAUUCCGCUCGCAGAUCGAAUUCGUCCUCAGCAACAACUGCUCUGAACAAUACCACAACUACCUCAAUAAAACCCCCGGGUUCGACCCAGAAUACCAGCUCUGGUAUGACCCGACAAAAGACAGCGCCUUGACCGCGCCACUGGUCUCGUGUAUACUAAGCAACCUCCCGGAAAACGUGAAAGCCAACAUGGCCAACGCAGGCGUCAUCCUCGGCCUCUUGCCGACCAUGCUGUCCAUGCUGGGUUCCAACACAGUCGACACAGCCAUCCUGGCACAGGUCGCUGAGCGACCAUUCCUCUCGUUGUGUCUGGCCUUGGGCUCACCGGCCGUUCUCCCAGACCGACCCUUCGAAUACCCCAACGUGAAAGCACUCCUCGGCACCGACAGGGUAAAGAAAAGGAUCACCAUCGCGAAGCCGGGCGGGAGGAUAUGGAUCCUUAUCUCAGCGCUGGAAUAUAUCGUCGCGUUAGGCGCCGUCGCGAACAUCGCAACCGUCUGCUACCAGCUAGGCAUCCAGUGUAUAUGCAACUACGCGACGGAAGUCACCGCGCAGCCGCUUGUCUGGGCAUUCAUCAUCGCAGUCAUUCAUACCGGGGGAACGAUCGCUCUAUCACUCCGGUAUCGUGUCAUCCGACACCCUGUAGUAGAACCGCAUACGUCGUCGCCGAAUUGGUUUCGGAGCUAUCGGAGCUAUUUCGUCCGUGAGAUCACCCCCUCGUUAUACGCUACUCCGGCCCCGGAUGUCGACGAGAUUGAAGAAUCGUACCUGUUCCUGCUUGUUUCGUGGUGUGUCUCCACCGGGGCAGUAGUUCAUAUCCUGUAUGGGACGAUGGUGCUAUCCAGCUUAUUGUUUAUUUCAGUCGAAGAUGCGCUCGCUAACGUGGGGCGGUUCCUGGCGUCGGUUGUAUGCUGUCGCGCGGUAUUGGCGUAUGAGCUGGCUGGGUUGAGACAGGCGAAGGCUGAGACGAUGGAGAAUAGGGAAGAAUCUGAGGUCUAUGAGUUGAGGCGUAGGUGA